UCACACAACUCCCCAGCCUUCCGAUUAUUCCUAACAAUCGACGCUGAGGUUGAGGUUGAGAAAAGCGAGUGCGAAUCCACAACCCAACCCACCCCCCCACUAUCUUAUCUUCUACAGUGCCUGGUCUCUCGCUGUUAUAUAUAUUUCCCGCACCGGUUCCUUCACCCGAUAUCUACUACGAGCUACAUACCAGUCGAUCGUUCGGAGUGGCUCCUUGACGCGAUUUGACUGCCACCAGAGGAACCUCUCUCCUUAUUGCAGCUAUAUGAGGCGAAGCGAGAAAAGCAACUACUAAGAUCGCAGCGCUGUCUGGCUGAUUCCCUUCCAGCUUGAGCUGGUUUGGGCUCAGCUUGUUCGGGGACCGCUGGCUGAGAACCAUUCAAAUCAACCGGAAAGGGUAGCAGAUAGAGGGUUAGAACGCGCGCUCAGCGUGUGCGUGUGCGUGUGUGUGUGUGUGUGUGUGUGUGUGUCUCACCAUCUCGUCUUCACCGUCUGAAUCAGCAACCCAUCAAAAACCAUAGCCAUGCCUCCAUUCCUUACCUAUGCCGGGGGCUCAUCCGGUAAGUUUAGUGAGUAUAUCACAAAGCUCUCUAAACGCAAAACAUCGCACAACUUCCCCAUCUCUCAACUCCGCGAACGCGCACUCUCCUCUCCGGUCACAGAGGUAGCCGAACCCCUCGCCCCGCGCGAUAACCCAGGUUCAAAUCCCGUCCAGCCCAGUCGUGGCAUCGUCAACCCCACCAGCAUAAACAUGGCGGGCCUAAUGGCUCUUUUUGCCAUUUUGGGAGCUGCUUUCGUGUUGGCUGCCAUUUGGUUCUUCUUCUGGGCGAAGAAUGGCGGCUUCGUGUGGCGCAAGGGUGACUGGGAAGAAUACAAAUCUACAGUACUACGCCGGAAGGAUUCACAUGGCAGAACGCUCAGUGCCGCCACCAAGAGCACGAAAUUGGGCGGUGGGAGCGUUGUUGGUAAGGGGUACAGUGAUUAUCAGAGUAGCACGGAUGCUACGACCACGGUUGAUAGCUCAACCGUAUCUGGCGAGAAGCCGCGACGCAAGGGUAUCAGGGAGACAACGAAGGAGAAGUUGCUGCGCAAGCGGAGGGAUGAGGAGUGGGAAGGUGGCGCGGAUGAAGAUAUGCGCGCAUACCGGCAUGAGAAGCCUGCUAAAGUGGGUGGACUUAACCGUGAGCCGGAAGGUGAAUAUCAUACCUCAGACUACACAACUUCGAACGGCCACGAGGACAGCGAAUGGAGCCAAAGCCAGACUCAGACCCAUAGUCACGUCGGUCCACUGCCAGGCUAUGAACCGGACCGCCGCCGCUCGCAGCGCCAACGUAACGCUUCAGGCUUCUCCUUCACCACUGGCGAGGACGAUGCAUUCACCGUCGCCACGGAGAAACACCAACUGCGCGACCCUACUGUCGCUUCUUCCCGACGCCGCGACGAUAGCCACCAGCACUACCACCGUAGUAGCCGCGGUUCCGUCGCUCCCUCCACGUCAACCCGUCCCCGCGGCCCGCGCUCAAGCGUCCCUGCCGCCGCCCAUAUUUCCAAUCGUUCCCGCCAGUCAAGCCCGCGCAAGCGGGAGCGCACCGCGAUGCCGGGCAGUUAUGCGGCGCCGUUGGAUUUAUCUUCGACGCAUAGUUCGGAUUACACGUAUGAGCAGGUUGCGCUUGGGGAGCAUUCGGAUACGGGGACCGGCACGAGGAGUUACCAUCAUCCUAUUCCGGGAUUGUCGAACGGGUAUCGGCGUGCGGAUGGUGGGGAGCGAGGUAGGCGUGGGAGGGGAAGGAGGGAUAGUUUGAGUGAGAGUGAGGGGGAGGAUUAUGAUAGUCGGGUAUCCUAGGGGAUUGGUAUGUAUGUGAUUUGUUUGGGGAAUAUUUGAAUUUUGCUCAGUUUUUUGGCCUUGUUUAUUGACAUGGGCAUGGCCUCAUUUAUUUAUUUUUCCCCCAAGCUGUUCGCUUUUAUGCUUAUUCCCUUUUAUUUUACGUAGUUAUGCAUGGAUGUAUGUACAAUGGUGAUGGACAUGGAAACGGAAGCGGAAAUGGGAAGGGCAGGACUGUUUUGAUAUGUACCUAGAUGUGUACUCAGCGCAACUUGAUAUGAAAAUGGAAACUGGAGUUUGUGUGAAUAAAGUUAUGGCUACUGGAGUUUUGUUCUGCUAGUCCCUCUUGCUGCUCUUGAAGGUCUGAGAUUGUAAUACUGGGCAAUAUGUCCAAACACGUGAACGUUUCCUUCCUUGUGCUGUGUUAAGUCAGUUUUUGGCCGAUCGCUACAGUUAGGCAAAUGCGAAACUGCUGUUGCACAUGUAUGUACUUAGGCAAUUAUCAAUUUAUGUGUGGAGCGUGUCAUCUGAGCUUCAAAAAGAUUCCCUAAUUUAACCUCCUCCUGUGCCAAUCCACGGGGGAAUAGCUAGCUGUACAAGAAAUUUAGCGGCAGCAUGUGUGUAUUUCUAUCAGAGAGCGCGACAGAAAGGAUCACUUUAGUUAGUUUAAUAGGCUGCUAUCUGGUCUCUUUGC